UAGAGAGAGCGAGAGAGAGAGAGAGAGAGAGAGAGAGCGAGCGAGAGAGAGAGAGGGGGGAAACGGUCUGGCUGCUUGAAGAUUUGUUUCGACACCAAAACUUUGGCGACAUGGACGCGCACCGGGGCGCGCCUCCGGCCGGGCAGCAGAUCGUGCACGUCCGCGGGGACUCGCAGACGGAGCUGGAGGCCCUCUUCAGCGCCGUGAUGAACCCCAGCAAGUCGGUCAGACAGCCGCCCUCUCUGCCCAUGAGGAUGAGGAAACUUCCGGACUCCUUCUUCAGGCAGCCGGACUCGCGAGGCCACUCCAGACAAGCCAGUUCGGAUGGAGGUGUGUGCGGCUCCCUCACUCCUCAUCACGUCCGCGCCCAUUCCUCCCCUGCCUCCCUUCCAGUGAACUCCCUCUCCACUCAAGCAGCAGAUGUAGCGGCGGCAGCGAUCAUACCUGAUGACGUGCCACUCCCCCACGGUUGGGAAAUGGCAAAAACGCCUACUGGCCAACGGUACUUCCUCAAUCACGUGGAUAAGACAACCACUUGGCACGACCCUCGACUUUCGCAGCUUCAGUCGGCUGCAGCUCAGCAUCCCAUCUCUGGGACCCCGAUCCACGCCCACUCCCUCAGCAACCCAGCACCCACUACGCAACCACAAAACAUCAAUCCAGAGACAGGUCCACUGCCUGAAGGCUGGGAGAAGGCUGUGACUGCAGAUGGAGAGGUGUACUACAUCGAUCACAUAAAUACGACCACCGCUUGGGUCGACCCGCGUCUAGCCCAGAAGAUGAACCCUGGCAUUCUUGGCUUGGCACUGCAGCAAAGGCAGGAAAAGGAAAGGCUCAGAUGCAAACAAGGCCUCCCUCCGCAAAUCACACAGGAGGCAGGAGGAAGGAACCAGAUGCCCGGUGGGAUGGACCAUGACAGGAACGCACAGACACUUGUCCCUUCUCUGGAUGUCAGGAUCAGAGCUUCAAACCACGAACCCACACUCAAUGGCGCCCACUCUCGCAACGAGAGCACAGACAGCGGUCUGAGCGUCAGCAGCUUACCCCGCAAUUCGGACCACAUGUUGAGCUCUGUGGAUCACAUGGACACCGGUGACUCCGUCGACACCUCCUCGAUGACCUUACAGGAGUCGAUGCCUGUGCUGCCGAUGUCUGACGGUGAGGAGCUAAUGCCUUGCAUCCCCGAAGGUCUCAGUUCAGACCUUUUGAUGGACAUGGAGACUGUUCUCUCUGGGUCGCACAUGGACAGAGACAGCCUGCUCACCUGGCUAUAGACACACCAUCCACCGCCAGAAAUCUAGUUCGACAAGAAAUCUUCAUAACAUGACUGAUAAUUCUGGAGAAUCUUUGGCUUCAAAAGUGGUACAGAACAAGCUUACUGAGAGAAUAUGCUACUGCUGUGUGAUGGAUCCCUAACACUACUCGCACCCUGAGGAAUGAAAAAAACCCGACUCUCGCAGAAGGUGGUAAGCUGCUGGUGUUUUCCUAUUUUUGGGCCUGGUUUUACAGAGAUGCAUGACGGAGCAUCCAUAUUUUUACAACGCUCCUUUCUUUUUAGUCAUCGGCCUCAGAUGAUGCUCCCCUCGUCUCUGGUAAAGUGCGUCACAGCUAAUUUUAGAGUGCAGAUAUCUUUUAUUAUCCCCACUUGGGUAAUAGGGUUUGCAGCAAACUUUUAAAAACACAGUGUCAAGUCAAUGAAGUCUGCAUGUAGCAGUUACAUAAAUGCAAAAAAAGACUUGUUUAACUAACAUAAAAGUUGCUCAAAGUAUAUCAUAUCCACAUUGCCCUCGGCUACCUCAUUUAGCUUGUGGGAUAAAAGAGCAACGUCUAGUUCUACUACCUCCUAAGCAGCCUGUAAUUUGGGAUUUUAAUGCUCACACUUCUAAAGAAACGUCAGGACUAAGAGCAAGAGUUGAAUCAAAUAAUUUUCUGGAUUUACACUACAUUGGUUUCAUAAAAAACUAAAAUCCCAGCUCAAAAUAAUCAAAGCUCACUCUACCACUGCUACACAGAAACAUCAGGGCAAGAGGACGCACCCUUGUGGUGAAGAUUAUGAACACUAACAGAGUUUUUAACUCUCAAACCGUUAAAAGGCUCACAAGCAAAAAACAGUAUUAAAACCUUCACCAGAGUGGCAUAUCUCUGAGGUUAUUUCUAAUUAAGUUAAGGAGGAUAAGCUUUAUCUUUGGUCACAGUGGAGACUUCUUUUCUAACAAAUCAAAGCCUGUCAAAAGCCAUCACAUUUAGAGACCUAAAGGCUACAGGAUAUGGAGUCUUUAACUGUGGGCACUAAAACUACAGCCAAGUGUGUUUUUUAGGACCUUUCUUUACAGAAAUUAAUGCUGGAAUGAGGAUGUCUACAAUAAAUGAACACAUUUUCAGUAUAAUGCAAUCCAACACAAUACAGGGUUUCCCCCAGGAAACUGUAAUCCUGACAAAUCUGGUCUGCUAAUCAAUUUGGUCAGUAGAUGAAGGCCUAAACUAUAGCCACACUAAAUAAAUGGCCUUUGCCACGUGAAAUAGCAUCUCUGCUCUUUUUCCCUAGAGUUUUAUUUCAUAAGUGUGUUGAUUCUUCAGAACAUUAGCCCAUCUCUGCUCUAAAACACUGCAGAAAACCAUGCAACAGCCAAAAUCACCUUUUUUUUUUUUUUUAAAGUUACUUAUGUUCAGAUUUUGUGUUUGUUUUGUGUUGUAAUGGAUUGCAUUUUAUUGUCGAAGGUUCCAGUCAUUUUGUCCACUCCAGCAUUGAAUAUAAGCUUCACAAAGGUAGUAUUUAUUGGAGAUUUGUUUUAUUGGAUUGCAUGAUAUUGUACAGUUGUAAUAUUAUUAUGUCCACCCCUUGUUAAAGAAAUGAUGCCACAUAGUUGCCAUCAGGGCCUGGACGUUAUCUCUCCUUAGUCUGCAGCAGAUAUAUCAGCUCUCAGCGGCUCCUACGCCAGCCCUGAAACACAAAUCAAAAAUAUUCAAUGAAUCCUUUUUCUCACUUUUCCCACUAUUGGCUUAAUACAUUCCUAAUAAUUUCCCUUUUCACAUCUUAAGCAUUUAUUCAUCCAGUGGCAUCAUUUGUUUGUUUUCUCAGCCAAGUUUUUAACUUUUAAAUAAUCUUUUUUUUUCAUUUAUUCUCAUAAUUAAUUAGCAGACUCUUGAAACUUGCGUUAUGACUCAAUGUGCUUUGUGUACAUGGUAUCAGAGAAUCAUCCUCCAAUUUACAAAAUAUGAUUAUUCUUAGUUGCAAGAGAAAUAUAAAUCAUCAUAAGUACGGUACAAUAUUACAAUCAUCUUUCUCGAGCGAAUACAAUCUUUCAUUUUAACCCAUUAAUGGGUAGAAAUGUUGAAUAUUACAAAAACGCAGUUGACUCAAAUUCCCUACAUCUCUUAAUAUUUAUGAAUAGCCCUGACUAAUUUAAAAGUCAGUCUAUUUUAAAGAAUUGCACAACAGAAGAGAGUUUCAAGAUUCUGCUAAUACAUUUCCAUAUUGUAUGGACACGUAUGGAUUAGAUGCCUGGAACAGUAAAGCAUGCAUUCAAGUUUCUAAAACAGAGCAGUAUAGUUUGCUAAAUACUUGGCAGUGAUGUACAAUCUAUGUGAUUUUUUUGUAAAUACACUAAAACAUGCAAAAUCCCUGGUAGAAUCUUUUUUAAAUAAAUGAUCCUGUAAUCCGUGCCAUUUAACAUAUUAGUUUGCUACCACUGUUCUAAAGUUGUCCGGGGCUCAAGUUUCCCACUCUACACGAGCUGCUUUGUAAGUGGGAACGAAUAAUGUGCUUUAAAAAUGGAUUUCAUUUGGAGAGUCAUAGCAUUAGUCAAGGACCCUGUUGUGCCUCCUCAGAAAAGCAACAUACUAAUGCGGAUGCUGUGUUCUUGGUAUAUUUUGUUCUAACUGCAAGUGCUAUCUGGUGCUGUCAUACAGAAGGCAAUCAUCAAUAAGGGGAGCUCUUUAAUUCUCCUCUUUUAGUUAAACUAUAUAAUAAGUAUAUAAUCUGUUUCUUUAUCCGCUGGGUUGUUUCUGCAGUGUGUUUUUAUAUUUGUAUCUGAAAUUGAAGCUGUUAAUUAUUGGUGAGAGCAUUUCUUCUAACCAGCUUCCUUUUUGACAUUAUACAAUAUUUGGAUGUAAUUCACAACUCUCCCAAAUAAAGAGCCAAGUCACCUAAUCUUUUAUAAAUGAAAGUACCAUGGGCCUGGAACGACUUACAGUUCAUACACAUAAUGCAACACACUACCUAGCCUUUUAUUUAUCUUAGCAUGCAUGACACUUGCUAUGUAUGUUACAUAUAAUGAAUUUUAUUAUCCUAUUUACAGAGAGUUUGGAGGCAAUCAGACUUGUUUUGUACCUUUGUAUGCAUGUGCUUUAUAUAAAUAUAUUUCUUCUUACUCUCACUGUAAUCAUUUUAAAGGAGUUUCUGUUUAAUAAACUUUUAAAUACACCUGGCAA